CUUUUUUUUUUCUUUUUUAGUUUAUAGAUCUCAAACCUAUUUUAUUUUAUUUUUGGCUUCAUCGGGUUUUUGAAAGAGUAGACUUUAUUUUAAGACCCAUUGUUUGGAUCCGCGAUCUAUUGAAAUUGAAAGUUGAAACACACUUACAUUAUUACUAGACUAGACUAAAUUAGGUGCAGCCUAACAACAACAGAAGAUUCGACCCGUAUGUUUUCGGGUCGGGCAAACAGGGUAACCUAAUAAAGCGGAGAAACCAAACGAUGACGUGUGAAAGAGUGAUUGGUUAAUGACAACUUCUCUUCCGUCGUACUCCUCUUACCUUCUCCUCCUCCUUCAAUUCGAUUCCUUUCGUUCUCGAUCGGAAAAGUCAUCCCCUUUAUCUUUGCUNCAAAAAAAAAAAAAAAAAAAAACUAAAUCUUUUGUGUGUUUGUCUCCCUUUCACUUUCUUAUCAAUGUAGUAGUAAAAACUUACUCAUUCCCGUGAUCCUCUAGUAGUAGUAGUGAGAUAAACAAGUUGGGGCUCUGUCUUGAUUUCGCUAGAAGAAUUGGGGGAAAACUUUUUUAGGUGAAAGACUUCAUUUAAGUUUAGUUUUGCUUAAAUGCAGCAGCAGCUCCUCCUCCUCCUUUAUUUCUAGUUUUUAUCGAAAUUGGUGUAGUAAUCAAUCUCUUGGAACUGGUUUCAGAUUUUUAUUUAGGGAAUUGCACUUCUUUUGGGUUUUUGUGAUCCAGCGUUUAAACCAUUCUGGUGGUUGAAAAAGGGCAAUCGGAGACUUUUAGGUCAAUGUCAGCUCCACCGCGAGUUCGUUCUGUGGAUUCAUCCGACCGAGGAGAAUUCCGAUCAGUUCUUGGUCCCGCCGGUAACAAGCCCCAGCAGAAACCGUUGUCAAAGCCGGUGAAGAAGCAAGUGGCUGACAAAACUAAAAAAAACCCAACCUUUACAGCGUCGUCGUCUCCAAGUCCGACGAAGAAGACGCCGCAAUGCUCGCCUCUACUAAGCCCUUCAAUUCUGAGACGGAAUGGUAUCUCGAUGUCCGCUUCGUAUUCUUCUGACGCGUCGUCUUCUUGCGAGUCGUCGCCGUUGAGCAUGGCUUCUACUUCUAGCGGGAAGAGGGCUUUGCGCCGCCGAAAUGGGUCUGUCUCUUCUUCUUCACUGAGAAGGAAUCUUACUGAGGAGAGAGAUGAGAAGCCUUGUGGUGAUUGCUUCUCUGAUGGUCGUAAAAGAUGCGCUUGGAUCACUCCCAAAUCUGACCAAUGUUACAUUGCUUUCCAUGAUGAAGAAUGGGGAGUUCCUGUCCAUGAUGAUAAGUAUGUGAUGGUUUCUCUCUAUACCGACAUAGUUUUACUGUUUUGGGAGAUGCUCUUUGUGAUUUUCGUUAAAAUUGUUUGCAGGAAACUUUUCGAGUUAUUAAGCCUGUCUGGUGCUCUUGCUGAACUCUCUUGGAAAGACAUACUUUCCAAAAGACAAUUAUUCAGGGAAGUUUUCAUGGACUUUGAUCCAGUUGCGAUAUCUGAACUAACUAAUAAAAAUAUAACAUCCCCUGACAUUUCUACCACCACGUUACUAUCAGAGCAAAAGCUACGGUCUAUCCUCGAGAACGCAAACCAAGUUCGCAAGAUAAUAGUUGAAUUUGGAUCAUUUGACAAGUACAUUUGGAACUUCGUUAACCAGAAACCUACUCAGAGCCAAUUCCGGUACCCACGCCAAGUCCCUGUGAAGACUUCCAAAGCCGAACUGAUAAGCAAAGACCUUGUUCGCAGAGGCUUUCGCAGUGUCAGUCCAACGGUUAUUUACUCGUUCAUGCAAACAGCUGGUCUCACAAACGACCAUCUCACUUGCUGCUUCAGACACCAUGAUUGCAUAACAAAGGACGAGACUGGUAAUUAAAGAAAAUCCAAGAGAGCAUAGUUUAACAAUGUACUGCUUAGAAUGCUGUGUUUGCAUUUGUACAGAUGUUUUUGUUGUCAAGCUAGGAGGAGUUUCUAAGCCGAAUGUAUUGGAGAUUGUAUGAAAAGGAUUACAUGUUACAUUUUCAGUAUCAAUGGAUUAUAAUCUACUCUCUCUC